AAGCGCCUUGAACUCAAUGUUUCGAAAAUGGGGAAUCUCAGCCGCUAAAUCGUGGAACAUGAGUGGAGAACCGUGUAGCGGAGCAGCCAUAGACUCCACUGAUAUCGAAAACACUCCGGGGUUCAACCCCGCGAUCAAAUGCAACUGUGACUACAAAAAUGGAACUACCUGUCACAUUACAGAGCUGAAGGUGUAUGCGUUGGAUGUAAAGGGGGUGAUCCCAGAAGAGCUGGCCAAUUUGACUUAUCUCACCUACUUGAAGCUGGAUCAAAAUUAUUUAACUGGCCCAAUGCCUGCAUUUCUUGGAAAUUUAUCUGCAAUGCAAAAACUGUCAUUUGGUAUCAAUGCAUUGUCUGGAAACAUCCCGGCGGAGCUUGGAAAGCUUACAGAACUGAGAUUACUGGCUUUUGGUUCAAACAAUUUUUCUGGGACACUCCCUCCACAAAUUGGUAAUUUAGUCAAAUUGGAAGAGAUUUACAUGGAUAGUUCUGGAGUGAGUGGGGAAAUUCCUUGGACAUUUCGUAACCUAGUAAACAUGAAAACUAUGUGGGCAUCAGAUAAUAACUUUAUAGGCAAGUUACCUGAAUUUAUUGGGAAUUGGAAAAGGCUUAAAGAAUUGAGAUUCCAAGGGAAUUCUUUUGAAGGUCCAAUACCAUCAAGUUAUUCAAAGUUGACUUCAUUAAUAGAUUUGAUUUUGAGAAAUAAUAUGAUUUCGGGUACUAUUCCAUCCAAUAUAGGAGAGUAUCAAAAUUUGCAAAGAUUGGAUUUAAGCUUCAACAAUUUAAGUGGCCAUAUUCCAAGCUCUUUAUUCAAUUUGAGUUCUCUCUAUUACUUGUUUCUUGGAAACAACAGUCUUUCUGGUUCCCUUCCUCCUCAAAAAAGUGAAAAACUUCUCAAUAUAGACUUAUCAUAUAAUGAAUUAUCAGGAAGCUUUCCUUCAUGGGUGUCACAAGAUUUACAACUGAACCUGGUUGCGAACAAUUUUAUAUUUGAUAAUUCAAAUUCUAGCCUUCUUUCUCCAGGUCUAGAUUGUCUUCAGAGAAAUUUUCCAUGCAAUAGAGGUUUUCCACAUUGUGCAAACUUUUCAGUCAAGUGUGGUGGUCAAGCUAUGGCAUCCCCUACUGGCCGAAUUUUUGAGAGUGAAAAUGAAACUCUUGCACCAGCAUCAUAUUAUGUAACAGAUACCAAAAAAUGGGGAGUUAGCAAUGUUGGAUUGUUUAAUGAUAGAAAGGCACCUAGUUAUUUCCAGAACACAUUAUCACAAAUUGCAGGCACAGGUAUUUUAACCACUGAGUUCUUCCAAACAUCAAGGCUAUCUCCAGGAUCACUAAGAUACUGUGGUCUAGGUUUGGAGAAUGGAAUCUACACAGUAAGCCUUUGGUUUGCAGAGACAAAAAUCAGUGAUGCAAGCUCAGAAUCUUGGAGAAGUCUUGGAAGGCGUGUUUUUGACAUUUAUAUACAGAGGGAUCUACAAUUAAAAGACUUUGAUAUAAGAAAGGAGGCAGGUGGGGCCUCUAAUAAAGCUGUUCAGAAAGAAUUUAAGGCCAAUGUAUCUGAGAACUUUAUUGAAAUUCAUCUUUUCUGGGCUGGAAAAGGUACUUGCUGCAUACCUGAACAAGGUUACUAUGGGCCAUCUAUCUCUGCCCUGGCUGUAACUUCAGACUUCACACCAACUGUUAGUGGCCUUCCACCAACAACCACAACAAGUGAGGGAAAGACAGAGUUGAUUGUUGGACUAGUAGUUGGUGUUACAGUUGCAAGCCUACUGGCAGUUAUAGUUUUUUACUUAAAAAGGAAAAGAUCAAGUGCCAGUGAGGUUGAAGAAGAGUUUAUUGCAUUAGUUUCCAAGCCAAACACAUUCAGUUACACUGAACUGAAAAAUGCUACACAUGACUUCGAUCCUAAAAAUAAGCUAGGUGAGGGGGGCUUUGGACCAGUUUACAAGGGUGUACUUUUAGAUGGGAGGUUAGUGGCUGUGAAGCAACUCUCUGUGGCAUCCCAUCAAGGAAGAAGUCAAUUUGUAACAGAGGUUGCUACAUUAUCUGCAGUUCAACAACGUAACCUUGUCAAAUUAUACGGAUGCUGCAUAGAAGGAAAUAAUUGUCUCCUGGUCUACGAGUAUCUUGAAAACAAAAGCCUUGAUCAAGCACUCUUUAGAAAUACUUUGAAUCUUGAUUGGCACACCCGCUAUAAUAUAUGCUUGGGAGCAGCAAGAGGGCUAGCGUAUCUUCAUGAAGAGUCAAGACCUAGGAUUGUACAUAGAGAUCUCAAGGCUAGUAAUAUUCUACUUGAUGCUGACUUAAAUCCCAAAAUUUCGGAUUUUGGUUUGGCCAAGCUGUAUGAUGACAAGAAGACCCACAUUAGUACCCGAGUUGCGGGGACAAUUGGCUAUCUGGCACCAGAGUAUGCUUUGCGCGGGCAUCUAACUGAGAAGGCUGAUGUGUUUGGAUAUGGAAUUGUUGUUCUAGAGAUCGUUAGUGGGCGGCCAAAUUUUUACUCGGACCCAGAGAAGAUAUAUCUUCUUGAAUUGGCGUGGAAUCUACAUGAAAAUAACUGUGAGCUUGAACUCAUUGAUCCAAAAUUGAGUGAAUUUGAUGAAAAGGAAGCCUGUCGACUUAUAAGAUUAGCUCUAUUAUGCACUCAGGUAUCACCAGCGCUGCGCCCUUCCAUGUCACGUGUUGUGGCUAUGCUUUUAGGAGAUGUUGAAGUGAGCACCAUUGCAUCCAGACCUGAUUAUUUAACAAAUUGGGAACUCAACGAUAUCAGCAGUAGAUUUAUGGGUGAGAAUUCUUUGAGAAAUCUAGGUGUAAAAAUUGACUACUAGUCUAAUAGCCAACUGAAGACCAUCAGAUCCAAGCAUGGUGGAUGACCCAAGCCCUUCCUGACAAGAUGCUUCUCGAGUCUCAUCCAAUGCUCCACAAUAAAUGUCAUUUUUUGCUUGCAGUUUCCUACUAGAGGAAUAUACUUCUGCUGUCCAUCAUGAUAAAGAAAAAUGAAAACAUCAACCCAAUUAUGUACUCAUAGGAAGCAAAAUGUACUCAACCCAAUUAUGUACAGGAAGCAAAAUGUAUACUAUGUUGGAAAACACUAGCUGGAUUGAUUGCCUUAUAAA